AUGGAGUCAUUCAACAACGGCAUCGCCGACCACUACCACGGCUGGGACCAACUCGACCCAGAGUUGCAACAGGCCAUGGCCACUCAAGACCUGUUGGACGAUACAACACUCAUAUUCCCUGAGGUUGACACCCCUUCAUUCGACGCCGACGCCGACGAAGCACUCCGUAACCUCUUCGGCAGCGAUCUCGAAGACUUACAGUCUUUGCUCGCUCAACCCAAAACCACCACUGAACUUACCACGCAUCCAAGCGUCAUAUCACCUCCUACACCAGCCCUGACGCGCGUGUCAACUGAAGCGCUGCGAGUCCUCGACCCAAGCCUGAGGAUUCCAGAAGAAGUUUUGCCAAUGGGCCACACGCCAAGUGUGGAGCUACUACCCCGUGGCCGCUCUCGACACCAGUACAAUGCACAGCUUCAACUAUUCGGCUCGCGCGCUCUCGACGAAGACCUGGCACCAUACGACAAUCAAGAUCAACCAUCACUCGCCAACUACGACUACACAUCGCAACAGACCGGUCGUGAUCACGCAUCGCAAAAGCGCAAGGCAUCAACCAGCCUCGGAGGAGCCUCCAAAGUGAGAAAGACAUUGCGAAUGCCCACGACCGGCUCAAACAACCGCAUUACCUCCACCACUCCAAAGCACGCGCCUCAAGCAGCAGCAUUGACUCGCGCUGUCCCUCCACCUUCAGCAUCAGACGACCAGUUUGCCUUGCCCCAGGGCCUCUACAGUCGACGCGCCAGCACCUCCGCGUAUGGGCAGCACACACUAGAGCGUCCACCACCGAAUGUCUGUCUACCACUGGACGUUGAGCUAGGCCUCGUCGAGCUCAUGACCUUCUUUCCCAACUCCGUGCAGAUUCCCUUGCUGGCAAUUCGCCUCGUGCGGAAUGGGUUCUCCUACCAGACUCUCGCGAAAAUGCAGCUGGACCCAGUCAAUGAGCUCACAGACAAGAGCGCGCGGACCGUGGAGGAUAAGAUCAAGUGGCAGUUCAAGGAUGGCGGUGGGUGUGAAUGGCCAGACAAGAAGGCCGAACGGACCAUGUGGCAGCGGGUCGCGCAGAGUGAGGGACCACAUCACAACCUCACAGCCAACCACUUCAAACUUCGUCACGAAUAUUCAGACAAGAAGCCAGGGCGCGCUUGGGGCCAUUGGAAGCUUGCAGACAUUUACAGUGCCGUUGACGAGAGCAAGUGGCCACAGGGUGAUGACCGCAUGGUCCUCACUCAAUGCCUGGAGUUCGCGCGAGACAAUCCGCAGCUUGACCUUGACACUUCUCAUUGGGACUGGAUCAUACAGGUCACCGAUGCUCAGCCGCCAGCUUUCCCGACUGGCUACAUCACGCGUGACGAGGAGGUCUUGGAACGCUGCUCUGCGCUCUACCCGACGAGGCAGGCACUGAGGUUGGCGCGGAAUGCGAAGAGGGCGGGAAAGAAGUAG